UGUUCAGAGAGCUACCCAGACGAGAACCAUGAAGCUGUGUCUGUUUCUGGCUGCGCUGGUAGCUCUGUCGGCCGCCGCCGAAGACAAGGAGGCUGACCAAGAGAUCCAGGCCAGCGGGUACUCUUCCGUUUUGGCAGGACACGGCAGGAACGGCUUCCGCAGAGGUCGGAGCUUCGGCGGCUACGACAACCGGGCCCUCGGCUACAACGGCAACUACGGCCAGAGCUACAACAGCCGCUCCGGACGUGGUUACGGGCGCAGCUUGAACGGCUACGGAAACUUCGGACUGGGAUAUAACGGAUAUGGUGGCUACUACGGCAACAGCGGCCUCGGCGGCUAUGGUGGAUACGGUCGUUCGUCAGCAGCCUACGGAGGGUACGGACGUCGCCUCGGAGCUUACAAUGGCUACAAUGGGCGCUCCGGGGCCUACGGCGGCUACGGCAGGCGUUCUUCCCCCUACAGCCGGUACGGCGGACGCAACGGAGCGUAUGACGGGUAUUAUUGAAGAAUAUGCCCACGGCAACGGCCUGAAGCCGGUGUGUUGACUAUGCACAAGUGGUGU